AGUCGGCAUGACUGCCUGCGCAGUUCAGAUAGCGUGCAAACCCAUUUUAUCAGGGUAAUCACUGCAAAGCAGCGAUAAUGUUACACUUCGGAUUGGGAUGCGGAAUCGCAUUACUCGUCCUCCUCUGUGGAUCUUCCACAGCCCGAACGCUACCAGAUAACUGGAGACAGUAUGUUGAUGCCGAUGCAAUGGCAGAUAGUAACGACCAAUCACGAUACAGCAACGACUACUGGGAGGGCGACAUUGCAGGGAUUGAUUUCGAAGAGUUGAAAGGGAAUUCCGCCGCCAAUGCGGUCGACAACGACGCUUUGCUGUGGCCCAACAACACUGUUCCCUAUGAAUUCACCACGCAAACUUCGGCUACAUUCAGUUCAUCGGAAAAGAAAAUGAUUAAGGAAGCGAUGGAUAUUAUCAUGCAUUUCACCGGCAACUGCGUCAAAUUUGUGCCUCGCACUUACCAGCUUGACUACGUUAAAUUUCAAAAAAGCUUUCAAUGCUCGUCGAAUAUCGGUCGGUUGGGACAGAAGCAGUUAAUACAACUGACACCGAGUUGCACAGCCCAUUACGGCUGCAUCCAGCACGAGCUGAUGCACACGCUGGGGUUCUACCACGAACAGUCACGCCUCGAUCGGGAUGACCACGUUAUCAUCAACUGGGAUAACAUUGCGGCAGAGGACAAAGCCCAGUUCGAGAAGCGUAAAGGCGUGACAUAUGACCUUCCCUACGACUACCAGUCGAUUAUGCACUACGAAUUGAAAGCCUUCGCAAAAGAUCCGAAUUUCCCUACAAUAAUACCGUUAGUGAAGGGCAUGAAAAUGGGACAGAACGAGAAUCUGAGUCCACUGGACUUGGCCAGGAUUUACAAUGGGAACAUUAGAGUAGUCAUUUAUGAAAUUUUGCCUGUUAAAAGGACUUUCGGUGUUACGUUUGCGGUUUACUUGUGCUAGGUUUCUCCGCUUGCAUCCAUUUUAGGGACACCAAUGGGGCAUCGGGUUGAUGUAUUUAAUAUUGGUAGAAACAGGUCGUUGAAAUUCUUAAUGCAGUUUUUUAAUUUAGGUUAGGGACGUGAUCUCUGGGCAAUAAGCGGGAGUACAGUGGUCGUAACUACUGUAUACUGUUGUCUUUGUCAUUUUGCAGCGUCUUUUGCGGUGCACCACUAUGCCUUGGUUACAAAGCCGCCCACUAUGGCAUCCAUGGUAACAAGUGUUUGAGUGACCACUGGGCGUAACAAAAUAAAGUUGCCAAAGCGCCAACAGUCCGGAAACACUCCCCCGUAGUCUAAAGAUUCUGUUGCACUUUAAAUCAGCAAAAUCGAGUGAUUAAAAGCUGAGAUCACUGGCCGGGAAGAAGAGGUGCCGAAAUCCUGGCACAGAUAAUUAGUAUUCACAUAACUAGGAUAAAUGCACGUUGGCGUGCAUUGGCAGACCGGAGCGCAGCAGCUUUUCGCGUGUGCGGAUGAUAAUUAAUUUUUAACGUGCAACCAGUAGCUCUCUUAACAAUUAACAUAAUCAAUAAUUUUAACUUAGCAACAUAACCAGCCAACAACAUUUUCGAAAGACCUUUCGUAACAACUUUUCGUAAGGAACACACAUACAUUUUUGCAUUGGUGCUGAAUUAAGAGGACCUUCGAUACGCUGUAUCACUAUAAGUCCGUUCAUGUACGAAGUACCAAUAUACCACGAUUUACAUUAAAAAUUUUACCGUAGGGAAUCCAGGCAGCGCUAGCAGUGGCAACUCCCCUCGUAAAAUCAUCGCAGGAGAUUUGCGUUUCAUCGAACACGGCGAGCAUGGCUUCAGAUGUUACUGCCGCUGCCCCGCAUGAGCCUGAAGAUCGCAGUUCCGAUCCAGAAGACUACGUCUACCCACUGCCCCGUCGCCUAUCUUGACCAUUACACCUGAAAAGGGCGGAGAACAGUAUUCGUCAGAUGGCCUGUGCUUAAUUUUCCACUUUCAUGCCAACUGUACCCAAGGACAACACAAUGACACAGUUUUAUUCUACAAACUACUUUGCCACAAACCAUACCAAGGAGAACCAGGACUUGCCAUUGAGGAGUUGCCCCGGCCACCCAUGCGCAACAUUGCCGCUUCUCUGGAAGACUUCCAGAAUUUGACCGGCAAACUGUUGCAACCCAUUCGUAAACAAAUUAUUCAAUUCCAGCUCAACUUUGCGGAAAGCAGUCGAGCCACCGGCAAGCUUCGUGAAAUGAUGCUGAUCAACAUGCUGCAUUUUCGUAUAUUCGACUGUCGUUCCAAUCUGACUAUCCAACGAACGGAUUUCACUACUUCUCCGAAGCUUCGCAUACUCACUAUCACUUGGUGUCGAAUUGCAUCGCUGGAAGCCGACAGCUUCUUCUAUCUCGUGGAUCUUCGUGUCCUUGCUGUGCAGUUUCAAUAUAAAGGAUAUAUUGGAGACGAUACUGACAAAAGAGCCGCCAUUUAUUGCGACCCGGCACUUGCGCUGUAUCGUGCGUGGAUAUCCAGGAAUCAGUAUCUAAUCCAGAA